CGUAUCACCGCUAUUGAGACGGUGCCUGAAGGGCUCACACGUUAAAUCCCAACGGCAACGCUUAGAUUAUAGCACCCUCCGUUAAACGCCUUCUUCCCAUAAACCGUGGUGUUCAGAAACGGACGAGGGAGGAACUCUAAACAGCGAACUUUAUCCACAUGGCAGAGCCCAACUUCCCCCCACUGCCGGGAUUCAUCCCGCUCAAGCCAUGCUUCUACCAGGACUUUGAUGAGAUCCCUGAACAGCACCGCAGCAUGUGCAAGAAAAUGUACCACCUGUGGAUAUUGAAUAGUGUUACUCUUGCUGUGAAUCUCAUUGGCUGCUUUGCUUGGAUGUUUGGUGGAGGUGGUGUGACCAACUUUGGGCUGGCUAUCAUCUGGCUCCUGAUGUUCACUCCCUGCUCUUAUGUCUGUUGGUUCAGGCCCAUCUACAAGGCCUUCAAGAGUGACAGCUCCUUCAACUUCAUGCAGUUCUUCUUUGUGUUCAUGGCCCAAGUUGGAAUCAGCAUCAUCCAAAGCAUAGGCAUACCUGGAUGGGGAGUAUGUGGUUGGUUGGCUACCAUCUCCUUCUUCAGUUAUAAUAUUUUUAUUGCACUGAUCAUGUUGGUCCCUACUAUCAUGUUCACUGCAGUGGCCUCAUUGUCCUUCAUUGCCCUAACCAGGAUCCAUAAUUUCUACCGUGGCAGCGGGGCCAGCAUGUCCAAAGCUCAGGAGGAAUGGACCUCAGGAGCUUGGAAAAACCCUCAUGUGCAGGCAGCGGCCCAGCAGGCUGCCAUGGGGGCAGCUGCUGGAGCCAUGCAGGGUCAGCCCUCUAGCCCACAAUAUGACGAUAACCAGAUGUAGCCACUUCAAGACAGAGAUGUCAAACAAAUGAUGUGACAGAUAUGCCAAAGUUUGAGCAACAGGGUUAGGGAGAUUUGACCAUUUCCCACAAUAUCAUUGAUGAUUAAGUGUUUCAGAAACAACACUUGCA